GUUCGACACCUGAGGUUGACCUCAAAGUGGUGACGCGGCUGCAGGAGGUUAUCGAAGCGCAGCGGGAACAGAUGCACAAGACAGAGAAGGAAUGCCAUUUAAAAGCAACAGAGCUGGACAACCUGAAGUCGCAGCUGGAGAAGGUCAACCAUGUGAACAGAGAACUGCGGCGCCGCCAGAGGACCUACGGCAGCCAGAUGCGGUCCCUGAUCGACGAGCGCGCCGAGUUGCAAGCGGCGCUGCAGGAGGAGACGCGUGCUGUCAACGUGCUUCGGCAGCGGCUGGGACUCGCGCAGAAGGAGAACGAGGACCUGGCCAGUUCCAGUAGUGAUAGCCUGGACUUGACCAACAAGUUGGUAUUUGACCGGGAUGACCCCAACCGACCUCGUUUCACAAUGACUGAGCUUAAAGAGAUUCUCUACGAGCGCAAUGAACUGAAAGCUCGUGUGUCUGAUCUCGAAGAUGAAUUGGAAAUGUACAGGCCCAAGGAAGAGCGACAGCGGAGCCACAUUAUCUGUCCUCCGGUAGAGAUGGUGGAUCCGGAGGGGGGGCUCCAGCCUCCUACAGACCCCCUCACACCCCCCCCCUCUCUCUCCGACUCACUUUCCAACGAGAUACAAGAUGCUGCAGAAGAAGAGGAUCCACCAGUUCAAGGUCCCAUGCCCUAUGAACCUGAUGAUGCCCCAUGGAGGAAGGGAGAAUCUGGUAUUAGGAAGUUCUUUGGGUACUUGAAUUCAGUAAGAGAGCGCUUGAUAAGUGGUGUAGAAGAGAAGCUUCUGGGCGAAGUGCAGGAAGGAAAGAUCAGCUCCUGAAGCUGGGGUAGGCAGGGUCAUUAC